AUGGCUGAAGAGAUCGUGAUCGAUAAAAGUGCAUUUUUUAACCGUCUUUCGAGCUUCUUUGCAGCAUGGAAGGCAGACAAACGACCUGGCCAUGCUGUUUUUGGCGGCGUAGGAUCAAUCGUUAUCCUCAUGGGAAAAACAGAUGAAGCAAAUAGCUUUCAGAAGAACAACGCGAUGCAUUUCUGGCUUCUUGGCUAUGAAUUUCCGGCUACGCUUAUGGUUUUCACAACAGAUAUGAUGUAUGUUGUGACUACAGCAAAAAAGGGUGAGGACUGGCCUAACACGGAUUCCGCAUAUCUCUCGGCUAACACUGGCCUCUUAAAUGUAGCCAAACACCUUGAACCCUUGAAAGGUGGCAAGAUCCCAGUGGAGAUACUUGUCACCUCCAAGGAUCCAGACGAAAAAAGUAGAUCGUUUGAAAAAUGCUUAGAAGUCAUAAAAAAUGCCGGCAAAAGAGUUGGCGUACUUCCAAAAGAUACAGCUGCUGGCCCGUUCGCGGAAGAUUGGAAGCGUGCGUUUGCAAACAUAACACAAGAUGUGGAAGAAGUCGACAUAUCACCCGCUCUUUCUUCGGCCGCCUUUUCGGUUAAGGAUACAGAUGAGUUGGUGGCUAUACGAAACGCGUCAAGGGCUUGUAGUGGUCUAAUGUCGGAAUAUUUCGUCGACGAGAUGUCUCGCCUACUCGACGAAGAAAAGCAAAUGACCCACAAGGCACUCUCGAUGCGGAUCGACGCAAAAAUUGAUGAUGCAAAAUUCUUUAAGAAACUUGCUAAGCUCCCAGCGGAAUUUGAUCCUCAACAGAUUGAUUGGGCCUAUGGCCCUGUCAUCCAGAGUGGAGGAAAGUAUGACCUUCGACUUACAGCUACGUCUGAUAAUAGUCACCUUCAGGCAGGGAUUAUUGUUGCUGGGUUUGGAAUCCGGUACAAAACUUACAGUUCCAUAAUAGCACGCACCUAUUUGGUAGAUCCGAGCAAGUCCCAGGAAGCUAACUAUGCCUUUCUACUGAACCUUCACGAUACAGUCAUGAAAGACGUUCGCGACGGGACGAUGGCCAAAGAUCUAUUUAACAAAGCAAUCGGGCUGGUACGAGCCAAAAAACCUGAGCUUGAAAGUCACUUUGUUAAAAGCGUUGGAGCCGGUAUUGGAAUUGAGCUCCGAGAUUCUAAUAUGGUACUGAAUGGAAAAAACAACAAAAUUUUGAAGAGUGGCAUGACUCUUUCUAUAACGGUGGGGCUAACGGAUGUCGAAGAACUGGAGUCAAAAGACAAAAACACUGCUGUCUACUCAAUGAUUAUAACAGACACUGUACGUGUUGGAGAAAAUGGUCCGCACAUAUUCACUAAGGACGCAGGUAUUGAUAUGGAUUCUGUUUCGUUCUACUUUGGAGACGAAGAGGAACCCCAGAAACCUGCCAAAGAGAAAAAGGAGGUCAAAUCCAACGCAAUGACUAGCAGAAAUGUUACUCGCACCAAACUUCGCGCGGAGCGACCGACUCAGGUCAACGAAGGUGCAGAGGCACGACGACGCGAACACCAGAAGGAGUUGGCGACAAAAAAGACAAAGGAAGGCCUCGAUCGAUUCGCCGGUACUACUGGUGAUGAUAAUGGAGUCACUCAGAAAAAAUUCAAACGAUUCGAAUCGUACAAGAGGGAUAACCAGUUGCCUACUAAGGUUAAAGAUCUAACCAUCUAUGUGGAUCACAAAGCAUCAACGGUAAUUGUUCCAAUCAUGGGUCGACCAGUACCUUUCCAUAUCAACACAAUCAAGAAUGCUAGCAAAAGUGACGAAGGAGAAUACGCUUAUCUCCGAAUUAAUUUCCUUUCCCCAGGGCAAGGUGUUGGUCGCAAGGAUGACCAACCAUUUGAAGACAUAUCAGCACACUUUUUGCGCAAUUUAACCCUCAGAUCCAAAGACAACGAACGACUUGCACAGGUUGCUCAAGAUAUCACAGAGCUCAGAAAAAAUGCCUUGAGGCGUGAACAGGAAAAGAAAGAGAUGGAAGAUGUAGUGGAGCAAGAUAAGCUCGUCGAGAUCAGAAAUCGCCGUCCUGUGAGAUUGCCCGAUGUUUAUCUUCGGCCUCCAUUAGAUGGCAAACGAGUUCCCGGAGAGGUCGAAAUACACCAAAAUGGUCUUCGUUAUAUGUCACCUUUCCGAAACGAGCAUGUCGACGUACUUUUCAGCAACGUGAAACACCUAUUCUUUCAGCCCUGUGCACACGAGUUGAUUGUGCUAAUUCACGUUCACCUGAAAACGCCCAUCAUGAUUGGGAAGCGCAAGACGAGGGACGUGCAGUUUUAUCGUGAGGCGACUGAGAUGCAAUUUGAUGAGACUGGCAAUCGUAGGCGCAAACAUCGGUACGGCGAUGAGGAAGAGUUCGAGGCAGAACAAGAAGAGAGGCGGCGGAGAGCAGCCUUAGAUCGAGAAUUUAAGGCCUUCGCUGAAAAAAUAGCAGAUGCAGGUAAAGACGAAGGAGUGGACGUUGACAUCCCGUUUAGAGAAAUUGGUUUCACUGGUGUACCGAACCGCUCCAAUGUUCUAAUUCAGCCAACCACGGAUGCUCUGGUUCAGUUAACAGAGCCCCCUUUUCUUGUGAUCACCCUAAAUGAGAUUGAAAUUGCUCAUUUAGAGCGGGUUCAGUUUGGGCUCAAGAACUUUGACUUGGUGUUUGUGUUCAAAGACUUCCACAGACCACCUGUUCAUGUUAACACAAUUCCCGUUGAGUCUCUCGAAGGAGUGAAAGAUUGGCUGGAUUCUGUCGACAUUGCAUUCACUGAAGGGCCACUAAACCUUAACUGGACUACAAUCAUGAAGACGGUCGUUAGUGAUCCAUACGGCUUCUUUGCAGAUGGAGGCUGGUCAUUCCUUGCAGCAGAGUCUGAUUCCGAGGGUGGUGCAUCCGAUGAGGAAGAAUCUGCAUUCGAACUGUCGGAGUCAGAACUUGCUGCGGCAGACGAAAGCUCGGAAGACGAUAGUGAAUUUGAUGAUGACGCCAGUGCUGAGGCAAGUGAGGAUUUUAGCGCGGAUGAGGACAGUGGUGAGGAUUGGGACGAAUUGGAAAGGAAGGCCAAGAAGAAAGACAGAGAAAGUGGUUUGGAUGAUGAGGAACGUGGUAAGAAGCGAAAACGUUAG